UCUGAGCUCAGGAAAGUGAAACUAACCCUGUGACACUGUCCAGAGGGAGCCAUGGCCACAGACAACCCCGUGGAAAGUCUCCAGGAGGAAGCUACGUGCCCCGUCUGUCUGGAGUAUUUUAAGGACCCAGUGACUAUAGACUGUGGGCACAAUUUCUGCCGAGCCUGCAUCGCCCAGUGCUGGGAGGGAUCGAAUACAGCCGUCUCCUGCCCUCAGUGCAGACAAACUGUGCAACAGGGAAACCUCAGGCCAAACAGGAAGCUGGCAAAUAUUGUAGAAAUGGUCAAACGGCUGAGUUUACAGGCAGCAAAGGGAGCAGGAGAGGAGAGGGUGUGUGGGGAACACCAGGAGACUCUGAAACUGUUCUGUGAAGAGGAUCAAACUUCUGUCUGUGAGAUUUGCCAUCUGUCCCGGGCUCACAGAGAUCACAGGGUGGUCCCCAUAAAGGAGGCUGCCCAGGAGUACAAGCUUCCACUGCUGAAAUAAGGGGACUUUUUACACCACGGCCGGUGUUAACGAUCAGUGAGGUUUAAAUCACACGAGCUGCAGGCCAGUAUAGGUGAGUGUGUUACCUUCAGACUGGAGAACUGAUCAUUUAAAUCUCAACAC